ACUAGAUUUUCUUUAUCCACCACCGACCUUGUUUUACUUACGUAAAUAUAGGAGUUAGUUUGAAUUUCUAGUUGUAGGUAUCUUCUUGUUUUCGUUGAACACUGAAAAGUGCAUAAGCCAUUAUUGAAUAUAAAUGAUAUAUCAAUCUUUGUAGACGAACACGACUAGUGUAUAUUUUCAAAAAAAAAAAGAUUAUAAUCUUAGCAAUAAGCUUAAACACAUAAGUAUUGAACCUUAUCAAUUUUAAUCCAUCAUCGCAAAAACCAAGAAGAUGAAGUACAGUGCACCAACAUCAAGGUCGUCUUGUGGCCGCGUGAGCUUUCGCCCACAACACGGUGCGCAAAGGUCCCUCUCUAGUGCUGCUGGGCGUUCUCUCUGGAGGCUUUCGUUUGCUUGGAGCUUGCUCUGGCAUGGGGAUACCUUUUUCGACAGCCUCCUCUAUCACUUCGAGGAUGCUUUUCCUCGU